CCCACGAAGUUGAGACGGCGAAGCGUUUUCGCUGUGAGCUUCCUGGGCUGUGCGGCUGUGACCCGUCAUCGCUCGAACGAAGAACCAAUGGCGACGGAGGAAGUUGCCGUCGAGAUCGUCGACGUCGACCGGUACGACGUGUCGGCGUCGCGCUUCGCCCAGAUCGCCGCCGGGGGGAACACCAAGUUCAGCGCCAUCUCCGUCGAGCAGUACACCGAGGACAGAGAGCUCUACGAAGCGAUCGUCGCUUCUCUCCCCCAAACCGGGCCCAAAAGCCUCAACGAGGACGAGGACGGCGACGAUGUGCGAGUCCUGGACUCCUUUCCCACCGGGACUCGGCCAUCGUCUUCGCGAAAGCGAAAGAAGCCCUACGGUGGCUCCUCGGUCACCGAACCAGGUGAGGCGUCGAUUUCCAAGCCCGAUCCUUCGUUUGUCUGUGAAAUUUGCGUCGAGACGAGGGCGAGUGGUGACCUGUUUCGGAUUAAGGGCUGUAGUCACGCAUAUUGCAACGAUUGCGUCACUAAAUACGUGGCUUCAAAGCUUCAGGACAACGUGACGCGCAUAGACUGCCCUGUCUCGGGCUGCGCCGGGGUGCUGGAGCCGGAGUAUUGUAGGUCGAUACUCCCUCCCGAGGUGUUCGAUCGUUGGGGCAAUGCGUUGUGCGAGGCUCUGAUUCCGGAGGCGGAGAGGUUUUAUUGCCCGUUUAGGGAUUGCUCGGCGUUGUUGAUCCAUGACGGAGACGCGGAGGUGAGGGAAUCGGAGUGUCCGAAUUGCCGGAGAUCAUUCUGUGCACAGUGUAGAGUGCCGUGGCAUGCAGGGGUGGAGUGUCACGUGUUUCAGGGGUUGAACGAGGGGGAGAGAGGGAGGGAGGACAUAAUGUUGAUGAAGCUGGCGGAGGAGAAGCAUUGGAGGAGGUGCCCCAAGUGCAGUUUCUAUGUUCAGAAGAUUGAUGGUUGCCCUUUUGUGAAGUGCAGGUGCGGAGUUGAAUUCUGCUACCGAUGUGGAUCCCAGGCAGUAAGAUCGCAUUACUGUCCAAAAUGUCGGGGUUGAACCCUCUCGGCCCGAUGUAAAUAAUCUCUCCUUUAAAGUCACAUUACUGUACGAACUGUCGGGGUUUAAUCCUUUUGGCCCCAUGUGCAUACUCUCUUCUUUAGGCUAUUGCAGCACA